UACAACCAAGAGGAAGUACAAGCUGAAAGUGAGAGACGGCAGCCCAAAAUUGACAGACAAAUGGUCAAGGAAUCCUUACAUGGAAUAAACAUGUUCCGAUCUCUAGGGCCUGAUGAACUCCACCCCAGAGUCAUAGAAGAGCUAGCCAUGGGAGGAAAUCUCAGAAUCACUGGCUAUUAUCUUCAAUAAAUCUUGGAAAACAGGAGAAGUUCCAGAUGACUGGAGAAAGGCUAAUGGACCCAUCUUCAAAAAAAGGGGGGAAAGAUGAACUUAGGAACUACAGACUGGUUAGUCUGACAUCAAUCCCUGGAAAAAUCCUGGAAAAAAUUAUUUUUAAAAAUCAGUCUGCAAGCACCUCAAAGAAAAUGCAAAAACAAAUUCUAAUUGAAUCUCAUUUUUGACUAGGUAACUUCCCAAACGGACAAAGUACAAAUAUGGUACUGAAAAAACCCAUAUUUCAUAACACAACAACAAACUAUAGAUUCUCCUUAUGGGUUGUCCAUGAUUAACAAUCCAUGGUUUGUUAGCGUGGUUAGUUCAGACAGCUCAAUAACCCAUGAUUCAGCAAUAACCCAUACUAAACCUUUGAGUGUGAGCUGUGGUAUUGUCUGAACCAAGCUCACUAAUAUCUUGAUAUUAGCUUAUAAGAUGAUGCAGGCUCCAAGGAGACUUUCAAUUUCUUAAUUACUUUCUUGUGGCACAUAAGCACAUUCCAGUGGAGAGUACAUUGCAAACAAUUCAAGAAUUACUGUUUUAUUGUUGUAUGCUGUCUUAGGUAGAUUUCUGCCCUAAAAGGCAGCCACUCCAUAUUUUAAAUAUAUAAAUAAAUUUCAUAUUUGCAUACCAACGGAAACCUAAUAUAAAGGCAGGGGGUAUGAGGUGGCUAGAUGAAGUCAGGCGAGAGCUUAAGUGGACUCUGGGGAAUGGUGGAAGACAGGAAGGCCUGAAGGAAUGUUGUCCAUGGGGUUGCGAUGGGUAGGACAUGACUUCACAACUAACAACAACAACAAUCUCUCCUUACCUGACAGUGAUAAAAUUGCAAAAUUGCAAAUAACUGUCAGAGGAUGGAAGAUGUGUUCUAAUACCUGUAAGUUGUCUUAUCAUGGUUGGGAAAUUUUAGUCCAUGCCACCAGUAAUAUUGGAGUGAAUGAUCAGUUACAUUUUGUAAAUGAAAAGUUAAAAUGCUUCAUUGUCUUAUCAUGCAUUCACAGAUUCCUCUCAUCUUUCCAGACUUCUAGCUGCUGUCCGGGUAAUGCUAGGAGUUGUAGGACUUUUCUUCUUGUCUAAGCAUGCAUAGGAUUGUACCUUAAAUGUGCGAUGUUGUGGUGGUGGCAAUGGAGAUUGCUUUGCAUAUGUCAUUCUUGGCUCUACUUCACUAUUUUUAAUAAGCCUGAGGUUUGUGACUACGGUGCAGAUUCUUAUACACACCAGUGAAGAUGCUUGCCCAAAUGGUGAGCCAUCAAACCCUUUCACAUCUGGACUUAUCACACAACUCACACCAUAAUGCUAGCAGCAGUUACAAAGUGUAGAAAGGAGUUAGAGGCUGAAUCACUAAUUCCUCUUCACUGUAUUUCUUCCUGUGAUAUUUAUUUAUUGUGGGGUAUACCUCCUUUAUGAACUCGUGUUGUAGGGGCCACUUUAAGAAAAAAGGAAAUCAAGUGUGCAAGCCUUGAAUGACAGUGUAGAUUAACCUUCCUGGACCUUCCUUGGAGCUUCCAGAUUAUGUUACCUACACGUCUCAUGAGUCUCAGCUAGUAUGCCCAAUGUUCAGGAAGAGAGCCAGAGUUAGAUAAUGCUGUAGGAGCCUUUAUGAGUACAGGAAGUCUGAGUAGAAAGGCUUUUACACUGCUGGCACUGGGUGUUGUAUAGACAUUGUGAGUCCUGAUUUUUUGGGUUAGGAAUAGCAGCAAAGUACGAAUCCUAAAGAAAAUAUUUCUAUCUAUAUCCCUUUGGGAGUGCCAGAGUUUAAGAAGCACUAUGAUAAAAACUUAACGGUUUUGAAGAUGCACUGAGGAUUCUAGUACCCAUCCAUCUGGUGAUUGCAUUAAUGUGCUUCUUUGUAUCCAGGGGAGAAAUGGAGGUAACAUUCUAUUUCUUGGCAUCGUCCAAAUGAUUGAUUGCCACCAAUUGGCUAUGGGAACAGUUAAAGUCAUUGGAAAUACAACUUAGUAGAAUAUGGGGGCUUCUUAAAAUGAUUAAAUCUGUUUGUCUUCAGAGUAUUGUUUUAUUAUUUGACCUGUUGUUUACCACUCUGAAAACUCCAUACCAGAAUAUGGAACAGUGUGUGUUUGUGUGUGUGUGUGUGUAUCUUGCAAAUACAUUUUUUAAAAAAUAAUCACUUAUCCGUUUUAUGAGUUAAAUUGUUAUACGUACUUUAGGUUCCUUCAAAAAACAAUUAAGCCCUCAUUAUACUGUAUUCAUCAUUCAGUGUGAAUUUUGAGCACUCUGACUGGGGCCUGGCUGAAAUAUUUAUUUAUCCCAAGGAUUUAUGCAUGUCAUCAUGGUAAUGUUCUCCCCUCCCCACCUCCAUUCAAGAAUUAAUCCAUUUGAAGAUCUGCUAGAGUGUAGCUAAAAUGAGAAGUAAGAAAGUCUUUCACCAAACAAAAUAGCAAAUGGGUUAGCAGAAGUAAGAGAAUGUGGGGAUGGCAAAGUAAGGAGAAAUAAGGACUCUUUCCAUUUGUUAUUCAUACAGUCGAACUGUUCAAGCAAAAGUACUAGUGAAUCCAGCCAUUGAAAACAGGUGUCACUUCGCUACUUUAUCUGCUGGCACAUUAGCAUGCAGAUGUGCUUGGGGUGGCCCUUCUCUGUAACCUUUAUGUGCUUCCUUCUGCCUCUCCAGGCUUGUUCAUGCUUUUGUUCACCCAAAGAUCCGUAGACAAGGCACCAUGUGCUGAAGGCUACAUGUGACCCAUGUACUCUCUGCGGUCUGUUUAGGGAAAGCUCAAUUAAAAACCAACUUUCCUCUUCAAAAGAAGGAAAGGAAUAUGUCACUCACUGAUUCACUAAGGCAGACUCUCCCCAUCAGCAGGUUUUCCCCUGUCCUUUCCCCCUCUAGCACCCACCUCUGAGGACAGAGAGAAGCCCAGUGGUGAGUUGGUGGGGAUUGUUUAGUCUGGGGUCAUGUGGGAAAGCGUAAUGGAGAAUUCAGAGGUGAGGGAAGGGCUCAGCACCCUGCUUGGCUCACUCUGGUCAUUCCACCCUCACCCACAUUUGGGUUUUAAGGCAAACGCAGGUUUGGAACGCUGGGUUGGUCGGGGUAACAUGGAGUUCUGCUCGAAACUUGCUAAAUAAAUGCACUUUGGAUAGUAGUGCAGGGCUAUGUGUUUAAUGCUGCAGCCAUGUCGCUCUUUCAAACAACUUUUAAAUUCUUCCAACUGCUUCUGGCUACAACGUCUUCCAGUUUUGAUUGACUUAUAACUGCAUGCGAACCCACCUUGCAUCACUUCUUUUUAUCAGGCCGAGAGGGACUUCCUGUGCUCCACAGCCUGCCUUCCUGAUGCAUUUCCUUUUUCCCUUUUAACAGAACAAAGGAAGCUAUAACUCCUUAGCUGCUCCUGUUCCAGCUCUCCUGGGGACCUUCACAUAAUGUUUGCAUUGAUUGUUAGCUCCUUUUCCUUUUUUUGGUGAAACAGGAAUUAUCUUGAGUACUGGCCAGCAUGUUUUUCAUUUCUAAUAUUGUUUCGAGCAGUUCCUUUAAAAAGACAGAAGGAAAAGCAGGAGGAGGAAUGGAUCCACGUGUGAGGCUUGUUUCAACUCUAGAAUGAUGAGCACUAGCCAGGCAACUCAGCUUGCGGGUCUGAGCAGGCUUCUUGGACCCAAGAGCCAAGGGCCAAGUCUAGGUGAGACUAAGGCCAAGUCUUCCUGGUGAGAGAAUGCUGAGGAUGUCCUGGGGCCAUUCUGGAGAAUUCUGCCUGUACCUCUUAGGUGGAUUAAACUCACUCACCCACCCAGCCAGCCAGCAUCUCUCCCUUUAGAGACUUAAACAUUACAGGAGCACAGGCGUGAGAAGCUUCUGUUGUGCAGACCAGAAGUCUUUGCUGAGUGCAGAUACAGUGGUCACUUCUGGUAGAACACAUCACCCAAAGGGGAGGCAUAUUUGCAUAGUGUUAGCCUGUGCUAAUCGAGACAUACAGGUACAAAUAGGAUGCAUUUGCCCAGACUGGGAAAGCUGUUGCCUGCUCAGUCUGGUGUCCAGAUGGGUGACUUCCAGCCAGAGUUCUUAAAAUCGGAACUAAGCAGUUUCCCGAACAGAAAAGAUCUACUAACAGAAAACUGUCCUCUGCAGAGUAGGACACAUGGCCACCUUAGGUGUCUGGAGCAUAUUUAUAGCACGCCUCUUCCAAAGGAUAAAGAUGCCCAGUGAAUCAUUUCAAUCCAUUCAUGUGACUGUCUCAACUUAAAAGGGACAGUCCCUGUUCUCUGGUUUUGUCCCUGACAAAUCUCUGCUUGUACUUUGUCCCCAUUUCUUGCCUUUGGGGAAUGCAUUGUUGAAAUGUUGUAAGUUUCUGGAGAGAUCAUCAUUCUCAGGAUUUAUGUUCCUUCUCAGAAUCCAUAGAUGUGAAAUCUCCAGCCGGGUGGGAAGAUACAAAGGGGUGGCAGGGGUGUUUGCACUGGUCUUCGUGCAGGGAUGAUUAUCAGGCUGAAGAGCUGAGAGGUCCUUUGUUCAAGAACUUCACCACUGCCCGUAGCAAAGUGAAGGAAAUGGCGAACUGAGGAGGCAGUGCGUGGACAGAAUUAGGUUCUGAGGAAGCAAGGGCAGGGCAAGGACUAGGCAAAGGGUCUUGUCAGACUCAUGGUGUCGCUGUUAGAGGGGUGUGUCCAGGCUAGGGUGGGACUCAGCUCACCUUUUGUGAUUUGGUGACUGUGGGGCAAGGCAAGGUUUCAUCUGAACAACUCCUAAGAUGAAGGUCCUGCUUUCUCUUGCUGCUGUAGCAGUGUUGGCCUGAACCAUGUGAAUUAGAAUCCCAUGGAAUUUGCAGGAAACUUGAACAAAGGAAAGCCCCGCCGGUAAUGAUAAAUUUGACCUUCCUCCAUUUUUUUCACGAGAACUAGUGCAGCACAGUCGCUGGAGUUUAGGGCUUGACUGCAGGGAAGCUCAGUGUGGGCAAGUGAUUUCCUUCUGUCCCAACGGACUCUUACUCUCCUUUCUUGGAAUAGGUGAUUGUUAGUGCUACCUAUCUCCUCUGAUCUUCAUCCUAACUAUAGCUAGAUGUCAGAGCUAGGCUUGAGAUGCUCAUGUUUAGUAUUAUGACUGGUGUUUGGAUAGUAUUUACGACUGGUACACAAAGACAUGUAGACUGCAUUUUUAUCAGCGUGGUGCUCAAGGUCCUCCUUCAUCCUACCCUGCAUGGAGGCUCUCUCAGUGGUGAGUGAAGACCAGUCCCUGUUUGAUUCCACCUACGGAGCUGCCACUCACCUUCCCAAAGCAGACAUGACAGCCUCAGGGAAUCCCGAUUAUGGCCAACCGCACAAAAUCAACCCUUUACCUCCCCAGCAGGAGUGGAUCAAUCAGCCAGUCCGGGUCAACGUUAAGAGGGAAUAUGAUCAUAUGAAUGGAUCCAGGGAGUCCCCAGUGGAUUGUAGUGUUAGCAAAUGCAAUAAGCUGGUUGGUGCCGGGACAGAAUCCAAUCCCUUGAAUUACGGCACCUACAUGGAUGAGAAGAAUGGUCCUCCUCCUCCCAACAUGACGACCAAUGAGAGGAGAGUCAUUGUUCCAGCAGACCCCACAUUAUGGUCCCAGGAACAUGUACGUCAAUGGCUGGAGUGGGCUAUAAAGGAAUAUGGCUUAAUGGAGAUUGAUACCAACCUCUUCCAAAAUAUGGAUGGCAAGGAAUUGUGCAAGAUGAACAAGGAUGAUUUCCUCCGGACCACUUCCCUCUACAAUACGGAAGUUUUGCUGUCACACCUCAGUUACCUCAGGGAAAGUAGCUCACUGUUGUCUUACAAUACGCAAGCCCACAUGGAGCCAUCCUCGCGACUCAAUACCAAAGAAGAUGCCUCUUAUGAUGCAGUUAGAAGAUCAGGAUGGGGCAAUAACAUGCAUUCCAGCCACAAUAAAAGUCCUCCUCUGGGAGGGACACAAAAUGUGAACAAAAACGUAGAGCAGCAACGAUCCCAGCCAGAUCCCUACCAGAUUUUAGGACCCACCAGCAGCCGUUUAGCCAACCCAGGGAGUGGGCAAAUUCAGCUAUGGCAGUUCUUACUUGAAUUGCUGUCGGACAGCUCCAACUCCAGCUGCAUCACAUGGGAAGGAACCAAUGGGGAAUUCAAGAUGACAGACCCAGAUGAGGUGGCCAGGCGCUGGGGAGAACGCAAGAGCAAACCCAACAUGAAUUAUGACAAGCUGAGCCGAGCCCUCCGGUAUUACUAUGACAAGAACAUUAUGACCAAAGUGCAUGGCAAGAGAUAUGCUUAUAAAUUUGACUUUCAUGGCAUCGCCCAAGCUCUUCAGCCUCACCCAACUGAGUCAUCAAUGUACAAAUAUCCUUCAGAUCUUUCAUACAUGCCUUCAUAUCAUACGCACCAGCAGAAAGUGAACUUUGUGCCUCCUCACCCUUCCUCUAUGCCCGUCACUUCCUCCAGUUUCUUUGCAGCUGCAUCACCAUAUUGGACAUCCCCUACAGGAAGUAUUUACCCAAAUCCCAAUGUACCACGCCAUGCUAAUUCCCACAUGCCAUCACACCUAGGCAGCUACUACUAGAUGCUUUUCACCUUGGAGGCCUUUCUCAUUCUGAGUGGAUGUUUUCUUCCAUUCUUGGAUAUCUCUGGACUUUUUGAUAGACAUUCACCUUUUAGUUGGGAAAAAGCUGAGAAACUGGAUAUUAUUAUUUUUAUUAUAAUUAUUAUUGGAAUAAACUUUUUUAUUUUUGUAACCCUGCUUCUUCUGUCUUGAAUGGCAGAUGAUUCUCUCAUGGGCCAGUAUUGUAUGUUUUAGUUUGGUUCUAAGCCUUAUAUCCUCUUUGGACUAAAUUAGCAGCUUUAUGAACUUUGCAGUGGGUAUCACUUCGGAAAGAGACAAAGCAUUUUUUGAAGAUUAAAAAAGAGACCAAGACCUUUGAUUAUUUGAAGAUCAGAGCUUGUAUGUUCCAGACUAAAGACAAUGGCAGUUUUUUUUUUUUUUUCUGGUUUUGGGCAAGUAGGAAGAAUUUCAAAUAUUAUAGGGACAAGGUUUGGAGACAACAACUGGAAUCUUAAAGCCAGUCAUGGCCUGUCUUUUUUCACCCAACUGGAAAAAAAGGAAAGAAAAUGAUAUAUAUAUAUAUAUAUAUAUAUAUAUAUAUAUAUAUAUAUAUAUAUAUAUUCCUAUAGAUACAUAUGUAUAUCUUAAGGCAAUUAAGGGCAUUGAAAGGACCUUUCAAGAAUGUGCAUAUAUUAUACAGUUUUAUUGAUAUUGCUGGAAACAUCCAAGACCAGGAAAAAAGAAGUUAUAAUGCAUCCAGGACAGGUAUUCUUAUGAAUGAGAAAUGGAACUAAUAUUAACGACAGUAACUCCUGAAGCUUUGCCGGAGUUCUGGGAGUUGCAAAAAACACCCGAUUCACGAACGCUGUGCGUUUGUCAGACUGCUACACAGAGGGUCAACAAAGUCAGAGGGCAACUUACUGUAUAAAUUAUGCAGAGUUAUGUUUUUACCUAUAUCUCACAGUAUUGAAAGAAAAAGAUGAAAACUGAAACGAGUUGACCUCGGUCACAAAUGCAAUUAUUUUUUACUAUCAAAUCCACUGUUUGUUUGUUUUUUACAUGCGAUUUGUACAUCUUUCCAAUCUGUACAUUUGGGUUUCAGCUUUGUACUUUUUGGCUAAUAAAAUAAACAUUUUUAAAAGGAA